AAUCAAAAGUUUAUAAAAAAUCUUAUCAAACAAAGAUAAAUAAAUCAGUGUUUUUCCUAGUUUAUAUAAAUAUUUCGUCGUAAAUGUAUCUCAUAGUGAACAGUUGCAAUCCACGGUGUAAUAUGUGCGACCACGACUCGCGAAAGUGUACAUUAGUUCUUCCGCCCUGAUUUAAAUCGAUGAUACUCCUACUUUCCAUGAAGAAAGGAAGUGAUUUAUAAAUAAUGAGUCAGCAUAAUUUCUGGAGAGGACUAACACCGUUGAACGUGCCAUUGUCCCAGCAAGUACCUGAUAAAAUUGUUAAACUGUGUUCUCUGGGCACAGACUUCAUUGUGUUAGGAAAUGACCAUGGUCUUUAUCACUGCGAAGCUUUGGAAGACUCUUUGAAUUUUAAGAAAAUCAGCGGCAUCUCAGCAAUAGACAUAUCGUACUAUAAUGAUAUCCUUUACAUUAUAGAUGUCCAUGGGCGACUAUAUAAGACAAAUGCUAGUUUUAAAAACAAAGAAGAAAUUAUUGUUAAGGAGGAUGCUAAGUGUUGUCCUCAUGGUUUUAAAAGUUCCAGUUAUAAAGUGAAGUUUAGAAAUGUAGUGACAAGUGAUUUUGGACAGCUGUUUAUAAGUAGUGAUGGGCAGCUGUGGGGCUCAGGCUGUAUGCCCCAACUUUCCAUAGACACUAGUAAUGUUAAGAAAAUUCCAUUUUUUGAAGGGAGGACUGUGUACAGUGCUUCAGUGGGUCAGAACUUUGCUGCAGUGAUAGCUAGGAAGAAUGUCAGACGGUCUGGCAACUGUGAUACAGAAAGUGAUAAUGAUGAUGAGGAAGUGUUUGCUUCAAAUUGCUCACAAUGCCAGACAAUAAUAGGCCUAGCAUCCCCCGCAUCCGUGCCAUCCCUAUCAGAAACCUGCCCUUUAGGUGUUCAAAUUAGUAAGUCUAGUGAAGAUUCUAGUAGUACUACAGCCCCACAAACUGAUGUUCAUGUUGAUGCUCAUAGCUUAACAGAAGAUUCUAGUCCCUCGUCUGAGGAAUCAAAAAUAGCAAGAACAAACUCACAAAAAAAUGCACACUUAGAGGCAGAAAUAAAUUCUCAAGAUGCUAAAUCAACAGAGAAUGGUGAUGACCACACAGAAAAAGAAAAUGGUGAAGCUUCUGGAGAUAAAAUUAAUAAUAUUUUUAUAAACACUGAUGCUGCUAGACAGUUUUUGAGCAGGCAGCUCUCUUGGGUCUCAGCUGGUGAAGAUUAUUUAGUAGAGUACACAGAAAAACCCACUAGGAUAAUAAAGGAGAAUGUAUCAAACCUAACAAACUUUGUUUAUGAAGGAGUGAAAACUGUAGGUGACAAAGUGGCAACAUUAUCAAGACAUGUUAGUGGCAGCAGUGACAAUAAUGAUGCUGUGGAACUACAACUGCGAAGUGAAAAUGAAGAAAUCAAUUCUCUUAUGUACAGCUGUACCUCAAACUGUAAUUUGGAGGAUUUACAUUUCUCCACAAGCACAAUAAGCAGUGAGAAAGAGUUUGAAGCUGCAAGAAAAACAGAGAACCUCAAAAACAUGUCUAAACUUGGUAAGAAUAUUUUAGCCACAGAACUAUGGACUUGGGGUGACAUAUCAUAUGGGCAACUAGGUGUAGGAGAUACAGUCAAAAGAAUAAAACCAAUGGUAGUCAUGAGCUUAUCUGGCUUUGGACUUCAGAAGGUCUCUUGUGGUAAGUGGCACUGUUCAGCUUUGACUCUAGAUGGCAGGCUCUUCAUGUGGGGCUACAACCAGUUCCAUCAAGUCAGCUUUGACAGCAGAGAAGAUAAAAGUGGUCCUAAGCAGUUCACAGAGAAUUCUGACAGUGAUAGAGUAAGAGACAUGAUAGCCACUGAUCACCAUACACUGGCAUACACUCAUAAUGAAAAUAUUUUUUAUAUGGGAAAGCACACUGAAGGGUACACAGAUGCUAUUGUUAACUUGAAUAUGAAAAAAGAUCAAGAGGAAUCUGAAAACAACUCAGAAGACGUGCAAAUAGCUGAAACCCUUAAUUUUGUAACUAAACCCCAAAACAUGUGCUACCAUUGGAGAAUAUUAUCAUCAGGCAACAUCAGCUAUUGCUCAAUAGAAGAGUCGUCCAAAUGUCCAGAGUUCCAAGAUCUGUCCAUUGCUCAAAGAUAUCUAGAGGAGAUGCUUUUGAUAUAUCAUAAUCUUGUUAAACCUUUCCUUAAGAAAAGUAAAGCUGUAACUACACAUUCCAAUAUUUACGAAACAGUUUGUGAUAUUUUUGGGGACAUAUUGAACAUAACUGCUCUGAAUGUUCUCUCGAUGUGGCAGUACGCCGAGAAGCAUAUAAACGAAUGUGAUAUUUCUUUAAUUAAAAAUUUAGAAGAGUUUAUUUAUUUGUACAGAAAGUAUUACGUAGCUGUAAGCAAUUUGAUAGUUAUCGGCGGCUUCGCGCAGAUUAACAGCGUCGUCGAUGUCCCGUCUAGUGUUUAUAGUUUGUUCAGCGAUCAGCUCCCGACUAACAAACAGAAGAAUAAUAAAAAGACUUUAGAAGCCAUAGUAUGCCUCGCCUUCAUACAACCUCUAACAAGAUUGAGCUCCUAUAAAUGCAUAGCUCAAUCGCUAUUGAGGUAUAAAACCAAAAGAAAAAAGGUCGACGCUAAAUCCAACAUAGAUGAGAGAUUAAACAAAGUAAUUGCGUCGCUUGACUCUUUGAUAGACGAACAAGAAAAGAAACGGAAGGAAGCGGAUGUCACAAAGUUAUUUUGGGAGACGAUAGGGAAGAGCCUUGAACAGUACCGGACGCCUGAACGACGCCUUGUUAGAGAAUCGAAAUCUCGCCAACUUAAUUUAGUGAAUCCUGGGCGUUUUUCGUCGCACUGGUUUGUCCUUUUCAACGACCUUUUCGUGCACGUCAGUGGGAGUACACCUAUUGUUCAUCCUUUAGAAACCUUAUGGGUGGAACCGAUUCCAAACACCGACUCUCUGCAAAACGUAAUUCAGCUGACGACGCCUGAAGAAACAAUCUCAGUAGCAACAACCACAGAGCAAGAGAAAACGGAGUGGACACAUUCUUUGAACACAUCAAUAAGACUUGUUCUGAAUAAAGACAAUUUCAAACCGCCCGCUGUGAGGACGGCCACUCACACAUUUUCAAACAAGAAUGCUUUUUACAAAGACGCUAAGUACACUGGGAGAUGGUUGGAUGGGAAGAUCCAUGGUAGCGGGAAGGUGGAGUGGCCUGAUGGCAAGCUGUACGUGGGACAGUUUCAGCUGAACGCGUUAAGUGGACAUGGGAAGAUGGAAAUGCCAAGUGUAGGAAUCUACGAAGGCCAAUGGAAGGACAACCUUCAAAACGGUUACGGUGUCUUGAAAUACACAACGGGUGACAUUUAUGAGGGUUAUUUUAAAGAUGGCAACCCCCAUGGCCAUGGGAUCAAGAAGCAAGGAGACUUUACUUCAUCAUCAGCUACCAUUUACACGGGGGAAUGGGUCAAUGGUGUCAGACAAGGGUAUGGAGUAAUGGAUGAUAUAGGUAAAGGGGAGAAAUAUUUGGGAAAUUGGAGCGAUAAUAAGAAACAUGGCUGCGGUUUGAUUGUGACUUUGGACGGCAUUUAUUAUGAGGGACUGUUCAUGCAAGAUGUUUUGACGGGUCAUGGUGUAAUGGUAUUCGAAGACGGUACCCACUACGAAGGGGAGUUUCGUUCAGCUGGCGUGUUCUCAGGCAAGGGCAUCCUGACCUUCUCCAGCGGAGACAAGAUCGAAGGGUCCCUCAGUGGAGCGUGGACUGAAGGCGUUAAAAUAUCAAACGCUACCAUGCAUUUGAACGUAUCUAACCCGGUCCUGCCAACGAAUUCUAAACCUAACUCAUUCGGAAAACUAAGCGUAGCCCCAAACCAAAAAUGGAACGCUCUCUUUCGACAAUGCUUCCAAUGCCUCGGUGUCUCAGAGUCCAUCCUUACGCCGACUGGCAACCACUUUGCCAAUGGCCCAUCUGGCAAUACCAUAGACAACGUGAAGAUCUGGCAAAAUGUUGCCGUUGCCAUAUCGUGUUCGCACAAAGAGAGGAAUAAAAUGUCUAUGAGGAAAAGAAGUAAUGAAAUGGAUAAGUCUGUGGACCGCUUAGAAGUUAUACCGCACUUCGGACAAAAGACUCUAAAUUUGGAGAACUAUACGGAAGUGCAGCAGUAUUUGUAUAAUCUUGUCCCAUAUCCACAGGCCUGCGAGUCAACCCACCAUCCUUUAGGCCAACUAGUCCUAGGCCUUACCAACGCCUUCAACACUACCUAUGGAGGAGUUAGAGUUCAUCCGUUGUUGCUCAGCCAUGCUGUGAAGGAACUGAAGAGUAUUACUGCUAGGCUGUAUCAGGUUGUGAGGUUGCUGUUCCCAGCGUUGCCUCCUGAGGGUACCGAUGCUGUACUGCCUUAUAAGAAAAGGGAGGAUGGAGUUGAGGUGGAUAGUAAUCCUAUUGAUGGGGAGGUGGUAUCAGCAGCAUCGCUUCUACAGCCCACACUACUACCGCGCGUCCACCCGGCGCUGUUCGUGUUAUACGCGCUACACAACAAGAGGGAAGAUGAUUUAUACUGGCGACGGCUGUUGAAGUGGAAUAGACAGCCGGAUUUGACGUUAAUGGCUUUUUUGGGGAUUGAUCAAAAAUUCUGGGUAGGCUACACUGGCCCUAACAACCAAAUGUCCCCGACUUCCCCCCUCAAAGAGCAGCUCUUCCAAGAAGCCGUGGAGACGUUACAGCAACUGAAGACAACCUUCUCGCCCAUUGAGAAGCUUCUGGUUAUCAGAAGUACUUUCCAGAAGAUGACUACUGCUGUUCAACAUGAGCUGGGUUCUAACUACCUCUGGAGUAUGGACGAGUUAUUCCCAGUAUUUCACUUCGUAGUAGUCCGAGCUCGGAUCCUACAGCUAGGCUCAGAAAUACACUUCAUUGAAGACUUCCUGGAACCGGCCAUGCAGCACGGAGAGUUGGGGCUCAUGUUCACUACGCUUAAGGCGUGCUACUUCCAAAUCCUUCAAGAGAAAAUGUCGAUCAACUAAAGCAACUAUUUAUAAAGUUAAAAGGAAACGAUUGAUCUCGCAAUACGUAAUGGUGCGUAUAUAUAUUAUAUACAGUUUAGUUAUAAUAAUGUAGCUUGCGCAAUAAUUUGCUUUGUAAGACCUCGCUAGGUGUUCUGUUCGCUUGUAGGUGUGUAGGGACGUAUAAAAACUUAAAAAGUGUUCAGAAGACAAGUCAUUAGGUAUGUUGCCAAAAAAUUGCAGGAAUGUGUGAGUUGCCCUAAGCAACUUCUAAUAUUAGGGGCAGCCUAGACGAUUAAUUAAAUUGUGCAAUAUUGAGUCGCUAAAAAUCGUUGCGCAAUCUUCUCUAUGCGGAUAGUUGCACAAUUUUUAAAAUUGCGCAAUUUAAUUGAACAUCUAGCCUGAUGCUGCCAAUCAUUCGAAUUAAAGCGCAAUAUACGUCAUCAAAAACAUACGUCCUUACCCAAAAUAACUGUUACGAGUCCUUCUUGUUAUGUAAUUGUAUAAUGUCUAUCGUGUACCAAUGCUUAGGGAUGAAAACCGACCGUUUUCUUUUAAAAAUACAAAAUACUCUUUUAGUGUCUCGUUAAACAUAAACAACUGAAUCUGAUGGCAUGAUAUUAAUUAUUUAAUUUCAAAUAUAAUAAAGAACAAUAAUAAUUGAUAAUGCGUUAUAUGCAAUAGGUUUUUUUUUGUUAAUUUAUUUAUACUAUGUAGCGUAUUGUUAUAUCAUAAAGGCACUAUAAUCUGUCUUAAUAAUCAUUAUUGUAGCGUCUUAUGUCUUGAAAGUAGUAGCUAGAAAAUCAAGUUGUAUUUGAUUUGUUUUUAUAUAAAAUAUAAUAAAUAAUGAAUUAGUUCCAUAAUGGUUCAUACUAGAAAAUAGUAGAUAUGGUAAUGCAAGUGGUAUCAGUAUAAUGAUACAAAAUGAUUUUAUAAUUUACCUCAUGAAUUGGUACUGUUAAAAAUGAUGUAUUUUUUUAUAAAAUAUCUUGUAACUACGUUACUGGUUUACAAACAUUAUGAUGUAGUUUUUGAUCAUUCCCAUCGCGUCCGUCCGAGGUGACGGUCGUUUAGAUAAUAUGUAUUUGUAAUCAUAGUAUGUAAAAUAUUGGCAAUAGCAUGUGCCUGCAAGCAUUAGUUAUGAAUGACACAUUCAUUUUUAUAUUAUUUACCCCACCUUUUUAAUAAGACUUAGCUUAUAUCUAACACAAUUUAAGUUGCAUUAAAUACUCCCGCAGAAUUAAUUUAAUUCGAAAGUAGGUAUUUAUUCGUAAGGCAACUAACAAAUGAGUUAUCUAUCAUACUAAAGAAUUUGAGUAUUGCCUGUUUUCUAGUUCAUUUAGUUAUUUUGAGUGCCAAAAUUUUAUAUACGCCAUUGAGUUUUAGGAUAUAAAACGGAGUGAGUGAACAUAAUAAAAUUAUAAAAUUAAAACGGUAGAAUCAGAAGUAAAAAAAAUAUAAAAUGUCUCAUUCGAAGUCUACUCACUCCGUUUUCCCCUAUUUAUCGUAUAUUAGGUAAUAAAUUAAAUAUAGAUUAAAAAUGAACAAUGCUAAGCAAUAAUCCAAAGGUCUGGUAGUACAAAAGAAUUGUUAUGUAGCAAACAAGUUGUUUCUUUUUUUUGUUUAAUGGAAAUUUCUGUUGCUGUGUCAAACUGUUUUUAUUCUGUAGCUCUAGUGUGUUUCGUGUUGCCAGUGAGAAAUUGUAGGUCAGGUAUUUUAGCGCGAAAGAGUAAAUUGUCAGCCAUAUUUGUUACUUUAUUGCAUAAGUCCACAACUUAAAAGGAAACUCCUUGGUGGAGAUUUGGAUACAGAAUAUAUUGACCGCUACUGCUGUUACUUAAAAGACACGAAAUAUUUGCUGAUGGUUUUAAUAUUGGCAGUCAAAUAUGGAGGGUUACCUUACCAUUGAAACAUGAUCAAAACAACAUUAUUGUAGUAUUUGAAUCGAAAAACUGGAUUUCAAUUUUAAUAGUAAAGUUGAAUAGGUAACACCGUUGAAUUUAGAAAAUAAAUAGCAAAGUCUAUUCCUAGAAUGGUAACCUCCAAGACUUAUAUCAUCCAAAAAGUGAGUUUCCUCUUUAAAAAUAUUAAUUAAUGUCGAUUGUUGAAUAGUAAAAAUGAUUGUUAUGUGAGUGAAAUUGAUAAGUACCAUAUCAUUAAUGUUACAUAAAUAUGUUAAUUACUAUUUAUAUCUGUCCUUCGUGAAGUGUGUUUUAACAUUUAAAAAAUAUAUAUUUAACAUUUAAUAAAAUUCGCAGUAAAA